AUGCCUGGGCCCGGUGGAGGCUACGGCCAUACCCUCAGCCUGAUCGAUGAGACGGGGGUUGUGCUGACUGCCGCUCACUGCUUCUACAAAACUGGGCAGCAAUUAGGUUGGAAGGUCGCGUCCAAGGCCCUCCCGCUGCUGCGGUUUGGGGCGUACCUCAAGGAUGAGCCAGAGGAGGAUCAGGGCGGGGUCAGGACGUACCAGGCGGUGUCGGCCAUCGUGCACGAGUCGUUCACAGUUGAUGACAACUUUGACAUUGCCCUGGUGUUGGUGGAAACGGCGCUGACGGGCAGGAAGACCAUCCGCCUGCCGGCAGCAACCCCCAACCCGCCGGUGAGAGUGGGCACCCUGCUGUCGCUCACGGGGUGGGGAAGGCUGAACGGCGACCUAUCAGACGAAACCGCCACGGCAGAGAGGCUGCAAGAGACCAGCCAGCUGGACCUUAUUGAUGAUGACGACUGCUUCUCCGCCUACAAAACCAACCUGCUUGGGACAACCUCCAAGUUCAGCAACGACAGCAUGCUGUGUGCAGGGACCCUCAACCGCAAUACUCCAUUUAGCAAGAAGAGAAUCAACGUCGAUGCCUGCCCGGGCGACUCUGGCGGGCCAUUGUUCAGGAAGGAUCUGGGCAAUGACGGCCUCGGAGACCCAUCCAAAGACCUCCAGGCAAGCGCUUAG